CGCAGUGAGAUCACGGAAUGAGCGAUGAGGAUGACGUCACCAUUGAGAGCAUCGAGAUCAGCCCAAACGAGUGCCCACUCGAGAGCCCUCUGCAUCUUUCCAUUGCCUUCCGCAGUAAGAGGGCCUUCACUGCCGCCAGAUGGAAGAUCACCUACACUGUGGACACCGUCCACACACGCAAAGUCAUAUGUGAGCAAAUGAGAAGGGAAAGGGAUCUUAGGAUUCAUUGCGCUUGCGUGUGUGUGUGCAGACCUUGGAGAGACCGAUGCGGCCGACUACAGUGUCGGCAGCAACGUAAUGACCUUCUCGGUAGGCCGAUAUCGAUUUAAGAAACCCACACGAGCCAGCUGGCACGUCAUUGGUUGGUCUGCUGCAUUCAUUCUGGUGUUUGUUCAGGUAGAUCAGAUAUCGACAGAGGGCAUCCCGAAAGACGUCCUGGCAAACAUCGGGUGGGCCCACCUUGGACACCACAAAACAUACAGGAUCCAUGCAACACGCCAUAGCCUGGUUGUUUGGCGUUCGUCAGAUUGUUGGCGGCCACUUUGAUGGAGGGCGACAAAGAGGUCCUCGCCGUCAACAUGGUAAGCUAUCUGCCCACAGUGUGUGUCUGUCGACUGAGUGCACUGCCCCGUGUGUGUGUUGUGUGUGUGUGUGUGUGUGUGCAGGUGACCCAGGUGCGUGCAGAGGCGAAUGGGUCGCUAUCGCGGGUCAUUUUCAGCCCACUGGAGUGAGUCAAAGGACUGACGGUCGUGUACAGAGGGCAGGCUAGUGGGGC